AGAAUAUUUAGACUGUGGUUUUUAAGGUUCAAAUUAGAGUGAAUUCCAGGAGUUAAUUACAAACCAGACUGACGAAAUAAUGACGUUUAAGAAUUCAUUUUCAGCCAGUCGGUCAUUAUUGCAAAGUAGACAUUAAUAUUAAUAUAUUAGUAUUAAUCUACAAGUUGCUUUCCUGUCUUGCUCAAUUUUACAUUCUUCUCCUCCAGCUGUUUGCAUCUCUCACAGUUUUUCUUGCUUUAGCUGGACUCUCCUGUGCUUCUAGACAUCUGUCAGGUGUUUUAUCUUCAUUAUAUUAUAAUUAACUCUGUUCUCUGAGGCCGUUGCAUUCACGCAUCAUGCUGACAUGAGGGUGUUGCCAGGGUGUUGCUAUGCUGUUGCUAGGUUGAUUGUUAUUGUACAGAAACACCUUUCUUAUGACCUUCAGCUCAUCCAACACUAGUUUCAGUCUUAAAGUUGGGCACAUUAGAAACUUUCUCUGUGGUUAUGAGCGUUGUGUGUGUCAUCUGUCUGUCUGUGACUCUCUGAGUAAAUGGAGCUUCAGAAAGGCCUCGCAGGUGCAGUGAUCGCUCAGAUGCUCGCUGAGAAUAUCUGACUGCUCUGUGACGAUGUGAACAGAACAUUCACCCCAUGAGCUCCAUUACAGACCGUUUCUGCUCGAAAUCACCUGUAGAACAUGUUCUCUUUGGCUCAAAAGUCGUGUGAAUUUGAUAUCCGUGCAUCUUAAUCCUGUGCAGAAAUUAUUGUGGCUGGACUAUGGUACAGUGAUGGCAUCAGAUUAUACUUUAACAUAUUCCAAAUGUACAUGUGUACAUUUGAUUCAUCUAAAAAAAAAAAAAAAAAAAAAAAAAACUUUGCUUUCUCUUUCCUUAAUCGGUACCUGUCUAGCUUGUACUUUAGUACUGUAUUGCAAGCACUUCCUGCGUUUAUUUGCCUCUUUAUGAAGAAUCGCUUAUUGUAUUCCUCAGUUGUAAGUUGCUUUGGACAAAAGCGUCUGCUAAAUAAAUAAAUGUAAAUGUGAAUAAUGUUAAAAGGACUUUGCAAUCAAAGUGCACACAUCUGACAGGCAACAGCUCAAAGUUGGGUGCUCAACCCCAAAAACAAUUUCAAACAAGAAAAGCAAAUUAUUCUUGUCUGGAAUAAUGUUAAAUGCAAAAAUACUAUACGUUAUAGUGCCAUCAUCCAAAUUUGCCAACCUUAAGUGAAUGCAAACUGAUUUUGUAUAAAAUACAGUUGCACCUUUCAUUGCACAAAUCAUUGCAGCACGUGUCACGUGCGCUCAGUAUGUUGCAUUAGAUCAAACAUUGACAUACUAUCUCAUGCACAUCAGUUGCAAUCAUUCACCUGUUGAUCGGUGCUGUUAUGCGAACGGCUCGGUCGCGCGCAGAUGUAGGCGGUGGCGUGCUGACGUCAUCGGGGUUUAUAAGCGCAGCUCGGAUCCGCAGGCGCCAGUCAGUCUCUCCACUCUCGCGCUCCUCGUGCAUUAAACCAGAUCCAGGACUCAUGUCCAGCAAUCCAGACUGGAGUAAAGGAUUCACCUGAAGAAGAACACGCAAGCGGUCAGCUGAAGAAACUCUCUCCGUCUCUUGUUUUCCUCCAUGUGAAGGAAAAGGCUGAGCGAUGAACGAGAGCGCAGCGCUCAACGAGAGUGGCGUGGGUUCGCCACAGUCCUCGUGGCUGGAAGCCGAAGCCUUUGAUGCCAACCAGACUCUGGUGCUUUCAUCGGCCGCCCUCGAGUUCCACGUCAACCCAUGGGACAUCAUGCUGUGCCUGUCCGGGACAGUGAUCGCUUGCGAGAAUGCCAUUGUGGUGGCCAUCAUCUUCUACACACCAACGCUUCGCAACCCAAUGUUCGUCCUGAUUGGCAGCCUGGCCACCGCUGACCUGCUGGCUGGCAUGGGAUUAAUCCUGAACUUUGCUUUCCAGUAUCUGGUCUCAUCUGAGACCAUAAGCCUUAUUACAGUUGGAUUCCUGGUGGCGUCCUUCACAGCGUCCAUCAGUAGCUUGUUAGCUAUUACGGUUGACCGCUACCUGUCACUCUACAAUGCCUUGACGUACUUCUCAGAGAAGACGCUGCAUUAUGUGCAUCUGAUGCUGGUGGGAACAUGGGGUGCGUCGCUGGGAUUGGGACUGCUGCCCAUUUUGGGCUGGAACUGCUUGGAUGAUGCAUCCACCUGCAGCAUCGUGCGUCCGCUCAAUCGCACCAACCUCACCCUCCUCGCCACGUCGUUUUUCGUCAUCUUCGCUCUCAUGCUCAGUCUGUACUUCAAGAUCUGCAAAAUAGUGUGUCACCACGCGCACCAGAUUGCACUGCAGCAGCAUUUCUUCACCACCUCGCACUACGUGGCCACCAAGAAGGGCGUCUCCACACUCGCCAUCAUCUUGGGCACGUUUGGCGCCAGCUGGCUGCCCUUCGCCAUUUACUGUCUGGUCGGGGAGCGUGAUUAUCCGUCGGUGUACACAUACGCCACGCUACUUCCCGCUACCUACAACUCCAUGAUCAACCCCAUCAUCUACGCCUACCGCAACACCGAGAUCCAGCGCUCCAUCUACAUGCUCUUCUGCGGCUGCUUUCAGACCAAGGGCUCGUACCGAUCCAGAUCGCCCAGCGAGGUUUAGAUCCUCUGUGCUUGUUUUUUUAACCCUGUAAAGCCCUGACAUAUGCAAUAAUAGCUGAGGCUUUGGAAAUGGAACAGUUUAUUGGACAAUAGUGUUUUUUGGUCACGGGUUCAAAUCCCGGACGAGCCCCCAACUGGUAAAGAUGUGGCUGUAAAUUAUGGCUCAUAUAGUGAGAAUGUCGGAGAAAAAUACCUAAUUAUUAUUCUAAUCGGAGCAAAAAUAUCUUAGUUGUAAUAUGAAUAAUUGAGAUCUUUAUAAUUAUAUAACAGACGACUAUCAUAGUGAUAUAAAUAUCAGUGGUCACUCUAUAUCUCCAAUAACAUGACUUAGUAUGAUGAGAUUGAAAUGAUCCAAACAUAUAAUGCAAUGCAAUCCAAUGCUGAUUGAGAGAUGACGAAAUAAAUGCUUCUCAGAAGAUGUGAGAUGUUUUGGAGGCUUGUGAAGAUCAUUCCUCCGCUGAGGAACAGUGAAAAUAAAGCUUCUGGAAACAAACACUCCUCAAAAGAUCCUGAUGAUCAGAUUUGAGACUCUAAAACAUGAUUGAUGGAGAAUCAAGUAAAGCUGAGCUGCUUCAAGGUUUGACAGCAGAAAGACACGUGAAGCACCAGCUGAAACUGGACGUUGGUACAAUUACACUAAAAGAGCUUUUACUGGAUAAACAACUCUUAACUAUCAAUCAGACAACAGAAGGCAUUGUGUUUUGCUCAUGCUGGUCACAAAUUUGCAUAUCAGUAGGCUUUAUAGGGUUAAAAUCUUGUUCAUGUCGCCGGUACUUGCAGAAGUAUGAAUAUGGCGCUCAAAGUGUGUUGCGCAUUUGCACUUUACUGAGACCCGGACGUCUCGACACGCUGUGAACAAGCAACAACUCGUAUCAAGAAUGUAUAUUUAUAUUAUUUAUAAGUGACAUGUUGCACUUUACUGUACAAAUCUAGAUGCCAAAGCAGUAUUGCGUAGGCCUACGUGUUUGACGAGUUACUCAACUCAUGUGAUGGGUUUUAUAUUUUGUAAAGUUGUUCAUGACUGUACAUUUUAUACAAAACAAUGAACACAAAAUAAAACAUGAAAAGCUCAAGUAAAAUUAACUGUUUUUCAUUGCUGAAAGUGUGUUUGUAAGCGUGAGUGUGUAUGAGGAAAUGAAGGAAUAAUACAAAAGCUGAAACUGUUGAGAUUGUGGUUGCUUUGAUUUCAUCUAUUUAAAGGGACAGUACACCGAAAAUUGAUCCU